AUGGAGAAUAACUGGACGACGGUACGCCGGAGGAGAAAACCAGUAAACAAACAGGAGACCACGUAUUUUGUUACAAACCUACCAAAGGAAGCGGCAAAAGGUGAGCUUUGGAAAGCCUUCGAGAAAUAUGGAAACCUAUCGGAUGUAUACAUGGCUGCCGCCAAAAACAAUGGAAUGUGGACUGGAUGCAGUCUCCGCGAUCAUCGGUCGUAUGCCAAUGUAGUAAGACCAGAAUACACAUCAUCUGCCCAUCCCCCCUGGGCCACCGCCUCCGGCACCCAUCCCGCUCCACCAGGACCCGAUCACUCUCAGUUGGUUGAGGAAAUGUUCGCUUGUUGGUGA